AUGGAGAAAGACUUAGCUUUUGGAAUUCCGAAGUUGACUGGAACUAAUUAUCAUCUUUGGGCCAUGAAAAUGGAAGCAGUUUUGAACCUCAAGAAACUAAUGUCGGCAGUGACAGAGGAAGCUCCAACUGACCCUGGUAAAUUGCAAGUUUGGGAAACUACAAACCAAGAUGCCGUAUCAUACUUGAAAUUGUCUCUAUCAGACGAACAGGCUUUGCAAUAUGCAGAAGAAAAGAAUGCAAAAGCUUUGUGGACAAGAAUUAAAACUACCUACACUGGGCUUGAGGAAGAUAGAAAGAUUGAUGCGGGUGCCGAACUUAAGAGCUUAGAAAUGCUGGAUUCAGAAGCCGUAAACGAUUAUAUAGCUCGAGCUAAAGGAUUAUCGACUAAGUGUGCUUCCUUGGGACUGAAAAUAUCUGACAGAGAAUUAGUGUUCUACACGGUCAGAGGUCUAGCUGGAAAAUAUGAGCGCAUAAAACAAGUUUUAAAAACGCAACGAGAAAAGUCGAUAGAAGAAAUACUUGAAGUCUUAAGGGAAGAAGAAAAAGAUUUACUACAGAAAUCCCGUGGACAUAGAAAUUUGGAAUCCGCAUAUGCUACUCAGAAGAAGAGUUUACCUAGAAAAAUUUGCUACUCCUGUAGACGACCGGGACAUAUAGCAAGGGAUUGUUAUUCGAAACAUCAAGAAGUGGGAACAGAUAGAGACUACAAAACAUCGACCAGCAGAGCAAAAGGUCGCCGAAAACCAAAUUUUCAAGAGACAUUGGUAUCCGAAAGUGCUACUCCAGAUGAUUACGCCUUAGUUUCAGCUGAACAGAAAGGACAAGUGGACGAAUGUUGGAUCCUGGAUAGCGGAGCCACGUCUCAUAUGUGCAAGGAUGAACGCUGGUUCGAAUCUAUAGAUGCUUGCGACAGUAAAAUAUACCAGGCAGGUAAGACUUUUACAUUAGAUACUAAAGGAACCGGAACUGUUAAAGCUAUUUCACUAAGUAAUAAUGCAAGAAUUAUAAUUAGUAAUGUAUUGUAUGUACCAGAAUUACGUCAUAAUUUACUGUCAGUUACAUGUUUAAUGGAUUUGGGGUUUAAUGUAAAAUCACAUUCAAACUCAGUAUUAAUUAUUGCUCCUAAUGGACGCGUAGUUUUGAAAGCUUUAAAUGUGAAUAAAAAAUUAGAAGUUAAGCUAAAACCUAAUGUUAAUAACGAGAAAAUUAAGAAAUUCCGUAGUGAUAAUGGUCUUGAGUUUGUAAACAAAGAUCUUGAGUUUUAUUUCACUGAAUGCGGAAUUACACAUGAAAAAUCUGUGCCGUACAACCCAGAAAGUUUGGGUAAAGCUGAACGAGCUAAUAGAGUUUUGUUAGAUAGAGCUAGAACAUUAAUCUAUGAUAGUAAACUUCCUUUAAAUUUUUGGGCUGAAGCAAUAGCCUAUGCAACGCAUGUUACUAACCUAACUCCUCGAAAAGGUAAAACUGAAGUUCCAAAAGAAUUAUUCUUUAAUAAAAAGCAGAACUAUAAAUAUCUACGUGUUUUUGGAUCUACAGUAUACUAUCACGUUCCUAAAGCUUUAAGACACAAACUUUCUAUUCCAGGUAAAAAGGGUAUUAUGUUGGGAUAUUCGAAUGAAAGACGAGCUUAUCGUAUUUACGACCCUGAAAGAAAUAAAGUAAUCGAAGAGCGUUCAGUAAAAUUUAAUGAGAAAUUAUUAGGUAGUAGUAAUUUGUUUAGUGAGGAUAAAUCUAAUGACAUCGAUGAAUUUUUUAAUAUUCAAACUAAUGUAGAAGACCAAAAUACAGGUUUUGAAUUUCCACUGGAUUUGAAAGAUACCCGAGAUCUAAGUGAAACUAAAACUCGCGGUCGUCCAGUAGGUUCAACUAAAGAAAAAAUUAGGGAAUUAAAUGAACAACGAAUAAUUGAAGACGAAAACAGGUUACUAGAGCUAGGUGUACGUCGAUCAGAUAGAAUAAAGGAAAAAGCAAGUUCAAACUUAGUAACUAAUAUUCCGGCAAUGAAUGAAGAAUUAAAUUCUAUUCACGAACACGAUGUUUGGGAUCUAGUAGAUAAGCCUGAAAAUGUAAAAAUUGUCAAGAGUAAAUGGGUUUUUACUAUGAAAGAAAAUAAAUACAAAGCUAGGUUAGUAGCAGCAGGUUUUAAUCAAGUAAAAAAUCGUGAUUAUUUAGAGUCUUAUUCACCCGUGUUAAGUACCGAAUCUUUGCGUUUGUUGUUAGCAUUAUCUGCCAAAUUAAAUUUAGAAGUAAAAUUUUUAGAUAUUAAAACUGCAUAUCUUUAUAGUAAUUUGGAAGAAACUGUAUAUAUGACUAUUCCCCCAGGUUUUAAACAUUUGUAUGGUGAAAAUAAAGUAUGCAAGUUAAAACGUAGUCUUUACGGAUUACCACAAUCAGGUCGAAAUUGGCAUUUACAUCUUAAACGGGAAUUAGAAAAGCUUGGUUUAAAACAGCUAGCUUCGGAUAAUUGUAUUUUCACUAGAAUAGAGAAUUCUAAGUAUUUUUAUAUUGGAAUAUACGUAGACGACUUAAUAGUUAUUUAUUCAGAUUUGCAAAUGUAUAAUGAUAUAGUGGGAAAAUUAUCUCGGAUAUUUGAAGUGAAAGAAAGUAAAGAGAAUAAAUUUCUAGGUAUAGAAAUAAAUAAAAGUGAGAAGGGCGUAACUUUGUCUCAAACUGAAUAUAUAAACUAUUUACUGCAGAAACAUGGUAUGUUUGAUUCUAAAUGUGUAAAAACACCAAUCGUAAGAGGUGAGGAUAGGAGUUUUAAUUGUUCAAACGAAAUGGUUAACCAAACACAAUAUCAAGAAUUAAUAGGGGAACUUUUAUAUCUCUCGAACAGAACACGACCAGACUUAGCAUUUGUCAUGAGCUACUUAUCUCAAUUUAAUCAUAAACCUGAGAAACGACAUUUUAAUUUAGCUAAAAGAGUGUUAAAAUAUCUCAAUGGUACAAAGGAUAAAAAAUUAUUUUUUAGUAACAAAUCAGGACUUUUGAAUGCUCAUGCCGAUGCAAGCUGGGGAAAUGCUGAAAAUGGGAAAUCAUUUUCAGGAGAAAUUGUAAUGUUAGGUGAUUCUUUAAUUUUAUGGAAGAGCAAUAAACAAAAAACAGUUGCUCUAUCUACUUGUGAAACGGAACUUGUUUCUUUAGGUGGUGUCUGUAGAGAACUAAUGUGGAUAUUAAAUUUAUUGGAAGAAUUGCAUUGUUCUAUAUUUGUAAAGAAACCUGUGACCAUUUCGUCUGACAAUCAAUCUGCAAUUGAUUGGUUGAAUAGUGCAAAAUCAUCUUCUAGAACGAGACAUAUAAAUUUGAAACUUCAUUACGUAAAGGAUAUAAUUGGCAAAAUUAUUAAAGUAGAGUAUGUGCAAACGGACGAAAUGAUCGCAGAUUUCCUAACUAAAGCUGUAACUUUUGACAAGCUCACUUGGACUGUGUCACAAAUAAAUUUAAUUGAUUAA